AUGCCUCCUCGCACCGUCAUCAGUCCCAAGAAGAAAAGGUCCAAGCGCAAAGGAUCUGAUGCUUCAAAGGCUGGCUUUCCCAAGAAGACUCGGGCUGCAGACGUUGCUGAAGUACCUGGCGCAGUACCUCUUGUAUCCCUUGGCCUCACUGCAGCAGAAGUGGGAGACAAUGCACCCUGGAGUUCUGGCCGCCCUAAUGCUGGAACUGAAGUCAAUCCUCAAGCCCCAGAACCGCAUCGUAAAGGUCGAAAGAAGUCUUUAAAGGAGGUUCCUCCACCAUAUAGCUCACAUCUAGAUACCCAUCCAGAUGUCCCAGCCAUGGAUAUCGUUCACACAGGGCCCAGCUUUACAUCGCAGCAACCUGGUGGAAGGUUCGGAUUUGCUACUCCAAGCACUACAGAAAUCGCUCAUUCUGAUACUACCGAGCUCAAUCUUCAGGCAUCGAACGACCCAUAUGUUGCCAUUAGGACAAAGGUCAUUGAGCAGCGCGCUCCUGAUGCUAUUGCUGAGCAGAGAGCUAGGGAUGCAAUUGCUGAGCAGCGAGCUAGGGACGCAAUUGCUGAGCAGCAAGCUAGGGAUGCAAUCGCGGAGCAGCGAGCUAGGGACACAAUCACAGAGCAGCGAGCCAGGGAUGCUAUCGCUGAACGAAUGUUGUCCCUGAAAGUCCAGUAUUGCCAAGCCCUACACCAGGAGGAUGACGCUGUUAGGGCUCAGUAUCGUUUGAGGCUGCUAGGAUCCGAGGAGCACAGUGACUCCAAAGGCAGUAGCAGCAGUGAUGAUAGCGACGACAGCGACGAUGAAGAUGCCGAUGAAGAGGACGACGGAAAGGAUGAAGAGGAGGGCGAUAACAACAACACGGUUAAGGGCUUGCAGGAUUUUGGAUUUUUAGAAGAUGCACUACCUUCGCAACCUGCAGUCGCUCGUGCUCUCACACCUGAAUUUGAAUUCCAGUACUCGCAUGAUGAAGAUGACGUGAUUGCCCAAAUGAGCCUUGAUAAAACCUCAUGGAACAAAAGCUCUAAGGGCCCUCCGGACGGCUCACCAGGACUGCAAGGGCAACGGUCCCAACACAUGGAGACCAUUACCUCGAAGCCCGACGACGUAUUGCAAUGCCACCUUAAGAAAAAUGGAAAGCCCCGCCUUCCUGAGCCUGAAUCCCUCAAACUAUUGGAUCAAAAAAGUUUUCUGGAGGAUGCCAAAGCAGAAUGUUGUGCGCAACACGCCCUGGAGAACCUGUUUCCAACUUUGGUGAAGAAUCUACCAGGAACAAUAACUGAAGUUCUUGUUGCAGUGUUGGUCAUGUGGGAUACAAAUGGCAAACAAUUUGAAGCUGGCAAGGGUUUGGCCAGAGCAAAAAUUCAAUAUGACUCGGUUGUCCCCGUUCAAGAACGUGCUGCUUGGAUCGAACAUGCUGCAGCUGAAUUAAUCAAAGGAUCAUUUUUCUUACGGUUUGGGGUGGAUGAACAGGAUGCUGGAGAUCUUCCGCAUGGAAUUGCCGCUUUCAUGUUUGGCUUUGGUUGCUGCAGCGGUAACUUUCUCUCCUUUACCAAUAUUUUCAAUUGUGUCCUCGACGGCCUUGUGAAGAAUGGACACGGAAAGUCAUACCCGAAUUUUUCCAUGAAGGACUACGGACCUAUCUAUCGUCGGAUGCUGGAAUUGCUCAAAUGUAUCCUCGAGGAUGCAUAUCAUGGGCCUAGGCUGUUAGCUCAACUGCAAGAAUGGGCUGCAGCAGGAUGGCAAGGAUCUUGA